UGCAAUCUUCAUCAGAUUUUUUUUGUUCAGCAAGUGUCAACAUGUAUCAGCUCUAUAAUUGCUAUUCCCUAUGUAAUUUCAAGUGAAAUUUGCCCAGGUGCUGACCUAUACAAGGUACGAACAACUUUAGUCUCUGUAGCGUUGUUUAUUUCUGGUUUAACCACAAUCAUACAAACAGAAGCUGGCAUGAGACUUGCACUUCUUCAAGGACCAUCAUACACUUUUUUGGCACCAGUGCAUAUGUAUCUUUCCCAAACCAAAUAUGUAAGAAUUAAGAAGAAUUUUUUUCAGAUUGCAGGAAGUUUAGCGGCUUCAGCAAUAAUACCAUUUUUAGCAGGAAUUACGGGUAUUGCUGGUACACUUCGAAAUUUUAUUGGGCCUAUUACAGUGAGCACAAUGUUGUUUUUAGUGAUGUAUUCAACCAUUGAAAUUAGCCUACAACGUAUAUCAAUGCACUGGAUGUCUCUCGUACAAAUUAUAUUGCUCACUGUUUCCAUACUCUUCUUGUGCAACGUUGAAUGUCCAUUACCUUCCUGGAAGAAUGGUUCUUUGAGCAUAAAGAAAUACAGAUUAUUUGAGCGUUAUUCUUACCUUAUUGCUAUUCUUAUAACUUGGGGCUGUUGCUUACUAUUAAGUAUUACAAAUGCAACAACUACAAAUAGUGCAAUUAGGCUUGAUAGAGCUGAAACAAUUACUGCACUUCAAAAUGCACCCUGGUUUCGUAUUCCAAAAUUAGGCGAAUAUGGCACACUAAAAUUCAACCUUAAUUUGUUUAUCGGUUGUGUUGUUGCUGCUUUUUUGACGGUUAUUGAAACAAUCGGAACAUAUCAUACUGCAGCAUUGGUUAGCGAGGAAACAGUGCCACCAUCUCAUGCAUUGAACCGAGGAAUGAUUGUUGAAGGCCUUGGAACUGCACUAGCAGGUCUGUUUCAUGUUGGAAGCGGUAUAUGUACGUUUGCAGCCAAUGUUGGUAUUAUGGAAACAACAAAAGUUACUCGAUCGAUGAUGGUUGUAGCUGGACUGAUACUGAUAUCUGCUGGGCUGUUCACAAAGGUUGGAGCGGUAUUAUCGGCUAUUCCGGAUCCGUUGGUAGGAGCAAUAAUUGCAAUUACUUCAGCGACGGCUGUAGGAAUUGCAUUUUCAUACAUGCAAUUGGUUGAUUUAUCGGUAGCACGAAAUAUGGCAAUAGUUGGAUGGUCAUUAGUGUUCGGCAUUAUGACACCGAAAUAUUUUACUGAAAAUUCGAUUAAUAUAGGUAAAUAG